AUCCUGGGCUCCAGAAUCUGAAACACAGAUACAGAGAGACUACAGUAUAGCAAAGUGUGUUUUAUUAUCAGCAACCCAGUUCCUUUCAGACUUUCUUUUAAAUCACAGAGGCGCAGCCGCAUUGGACACUCUACUUUUUGUUGUUGUUUUUGUUGUUGUUGUUAUUGAUUGAAUCAGGGCGGGCGAUUCAGUCAUCAGCUCCCUGUAAUAAGCAAAGAGAUGGCGUGUGUGAGCGGUUUGGUGGCCACCGUUGUGCUGCUGAUUCUCUGUCGUGUGGAGGAAAUAGCAGAAGCGUGCAGCUGCUCCCCUGUGCAUCCUCAACAGGCGUUCUGUAAUGCCGACAUCGUAAUCAGAGCAAAGGUGGUAGGAGGAAAAGAGGUCACUGCUGGGAAUGAUAUUUAUGGCAACCCUAUCAAGAGGAUCCAGUAUGACAUCAAGCAGAUUAAGAUGUUCAAAGGACCAGACCAGCACAUUGAUAUGAUCUUUACUGCACCUUCUUCAGCUGUGUGUGGUGUAACCAUGGACACCAAUGGAAAGAAGGAGUACCUCAUCUCAGGAAAGGCAGAUGGCAGUGGGAAGAUGCAUGUGACUCUGUGUGAUCUCAUCAUGCCCUGGGAGUCCACGAGUGCCACCCAGAAGAAGAGUCUGAGCCAGCGUUACCAGAUGGGCUGCGACUGCAAGAUCACCCGCUGCGCAGCCUUCCCCUGUGAGAUCAGCACUCCUGAGGAGUGCUUGUGGACAGACUGGUUGACGGAGAAGCUCAUUCAUGGACGCCAGUCUGAACACUACUCCUGCAUCAAAAGAGGAGAUGGUUCGUGUGCUUGGUACCGUGGAAGUGCUCCUCCAAAGAAGGAGUUCCUGGAUAAUGAGGACCCGUAAUAAUUUCACAUAUACAAUGCGAUCUGAAGUUCUUUAAAAUAACAUAUAUUAAAGAUUAAAAAGUCAGAACAAACAAAAAAAAUGCACCAAACAAAAUUUAGAUUAGAUUUACAGUUUAAUUAGAUAUCAGAACAUAGGUCAGUGCAACUACUCAAAAAGCUUGUACUCUGUGUCAUCACCAUCGUAUGUAGGACAAUCCUAAUUUAUGAAUACUUUCUGCCCAAAAAGUGCUUAAUAGUUUGUUUGUUUUUCUUUAAAUGACUGAAAUGGCCUCUCAGUCUGCAAACUUUUGCAGACUCACAGCUCAUUUCACAGCUUUUCACAGCUCAUUUCACUUGUGCCCCCCUAGCCCACCCAAAUACACAAGUAUUCAAGUAUUACUCUUUCAGAUGUAGUUUCCCAGAGCUAUGCUAAUUGGUCAAGUCAAAUACAUGGUGAGGCAGGACUUCCCAGAGAGUUAAAACAUUGACUGAGAUCAAAUGAAGAGCAUUAAAACAGGCAUGCAUGGGUUGUUAGAAAAAAGAAAAUUAGAGACCAAAGUCAUUCAUAUUGAUUUAUGAGGGACAAAGAAGCUUAUAGUUUGCUGCUGACCAAAUUUUUAGAAUGUUAGUGCAUGGGGACAAGCUGUUUCUCAGAAUCCUUCUUACCUGUAUUGUGUUUGCUUUUAACCACAAAAUCUGAGCGUCCCUGUUAGGGGAAAAUAAAGGAGUGAUAAGGCAAUACCAUAUCAUCAGUUUGACACUGCUUCACACAGCAUUAGUUUCUUUCUGAUUUGGUACAUGGUAUUGUGUAACAGAAAAUGUCAUCUUACCUGGUGUCAUCAUUUCUAUGUUAUUUACUUGUUGGAUAUUAACUGAUUCUGUCUAUGCCUUUAUCUCCCUUUAACGUUCUUUCCCUUGCAACAUGUAUAUCUUUGUCUUGUCCGUGCUAUUUUUAUAAUGUUAGAUAUCUGCCUUUUUAAAAAUAAUUUCUCUGAAAUCACUCUUGAUCCUUAUCGAACUUUUUAUUGCACUUUGUAGGAACCGCUACAGAACUGAAUCCUCUUUUCAGGUUUUGUAAGUCUUUUCGCUGUCACUAGAAUGCCAUUUAAUGCCUUUUAUGCUUAUUUGCAAAUGACUUUAUGAUGUUCCUGUAGGACGUAAGAUACUGAGGUUUAAUAAACAAAUGCUUGAUAGGAAUUUUCUAGCCUUGGACUAUAGUGUGCCAUCAGAGACUCUGCAUAUUGUUUGUUAGUUGAUGUGCCGCUAGAACGUUUAAUGAGGUAGAGCUAUGUAAGACUUUAGUUGCCAUGGUAAUCAGUACACCCGAGUUUUGCCCUUCAGUUAUCAGACUGAUUAUAUUAACAUUUGAAUAACAUGCACAUUCUUCUUUAUUAGGGGAGAAGGAAGGUUUCUUCUGUGUUACUGAUAAACAGUUUAUUGGUCGUCUUGAGAGAAAGACACAUGAAUUAUGGUUUUUUUUUUUUUUUAACCGUUCCCUGAUUGGGCACUGCUAAGUCAUGUGACAGACAGAGCAAGGUGUGAGGGUAGUAGUUGCUAGGCAUUUUGACAGGGUGAACCAUAGCACAAUGAGAGAGACAGAGAGAGGGAGGGAGAGCGGACCACUGUGGAAUAGAAGAGAACAAUCAUUUCUUUUUUCAGUGGGUUGGGAUGAUUGACGCUUUAAUGCUAAUGCUAUUUUGUGUAUUUGUUUAAAAGGUACUAAAGCUGUAUAAAAUUAACACAAUGACGGUCUGCCAAACACAAGCGAGCUUUCAGAGCGUUGUUGCUCAAAUUGAUGCCUAUUCUAGUUUGGCCAGCUACUUUGUUUUUUGGUUUUAAAGCUGUCAGAGUUGAAGAAACAGAAUUUGCUGGUCUAAACAGCUUAUAGUGUUGUGGAGAAGCUAUGCUUUAAAUUAAAAAGCUUUAUCACUAAUGUUUUUCUUUUCACCUUUUUGUAACUUGCCAUGAAUAUGUUUGCCCAUCUAAAAUACUUACAUGAAUUUAAUGUAAGGAUAGUGUUGGCAGUGUUUAAUAUGCAUAUCUACAUUAUGGCUUUGUAUUAAAUGUAAUGAAAUAUAAACUGCAUAAUUUAAAUGUUUGUUGUUGCUAUGUUUCUAUAUUUUACUGUCAUUACCUUUGUUUUAUAUGAUGUUAUUUUUUACCAGCCUUUGUCUUUUCCUUUAAAGAUUUGCUGAAAGUACAGUACUGCAGGACCUCUUGUGUGUUAACCACAUGAGAGAGAAGUUGUAUGAUGAGAACCAGACUAUGCAUGUCUUUGAUGCUUUGUGUAAUUUCUUAUGUGGAUGUUCACUUGUUGGGCAAAUUUACAGUAUUAGCAAAAAAAAUAAAACUGUUAAAGAACA